AUUCUCCAAUGCGCAAGAACACCCGGAAGUGAUUGUCAACAGAUCGUUUAGAAACGAUUGGCAAAAGUGACGCCGAUACAUCUCAAAACACUCUCGUAACGGCGAAUGUUAAAUCUGUAAACAUGACAGAAAUUUUCUCGUCGUUGUAUGGCCAGCCUGAUCAUCAAGGUGCUGCAGGGGCGUCUGCGCUGGGGUUUGGGCCUGGGAAACCUCAGGUACCACAAAACUUGGGCUCGAUGUCUUUCCCCCAUCAAAUGGUAUCGGUAGAUGAAGGAGCUCAGCUCAGAAAACCCGCAGCGAUGAAUGAGCCCUUUUACCUGCUGCGUGUACUGCCCAUGGAGAAUGAGCUGACAGGACACACUAAUCUCAUCACACACUACAACCUGGAACACGCUUACAACAAGUUCUGUGGCAAGAAGGUGAAAGAGAAACUCAGUAACUUCCUUCCUGAGCUUCCUGGUAUGAUAGACAGCCCUGGUAUUCAAGACAACAGCUCUCUGCACUCUCUCAUCGAGAAGCCACCAGUGUGCAACAACUCCUUCAGUCCUCUCACAGGAGCAAUGCUCACCGGCUUCCGACUGCACACGGGCCCUUUACCAGAGCAAUAUCGGCUGAUGCACAUUCAACCACCGAAGAAGAAGAACAAACACAAGCAUAAACAUCACAGGCCACAGGAUCCCUUACCGCCAGAAACUCCUUCAGAUUCAGAUCAUAAGAAGAAGAAGAAAAAGAAGGACGAUGACCCAGACAGAAAGAAAAAGAAGAAAGAUAAAAAGAAGAAGAAGAAUCGCCAUAGUCCUGAUCCCCCAGGCAUGACGGGCUCUCAGCCCAGCAGCAGCAGCUUGAGAUAAAAACUACCUAAAUGACAGAAGAACAGAAAUGAGUUUGAAAACUGGCUUCUGCAGAUGUUACAUUUUUAAUGCGUUGCAGUGAGAUGCAGAUGUGUAUAUACUUUAUAUCAUUAAUGUAUUAAUGGUAACCUAUCAUAUGUGUUACAUUUCUGAGUGUUGAAGUGUUCAAAGUGCCUAUCUGUGUCUAUUUAUGAGAAUGAAUAAUGAACGUUUUUCAUUCAAAGUUUUUAUAAACACGUUUUACAAAUAAAGCGCAAAAAAUUCGA